GGAACUGAGUGCGCACUGAAAUUGCACAAGUGCGCACCGAUAUUGCACGAUGUUUCUGAAAGUGCGAGUUUCUUGCACUCCCAGUUAAACAUUUGACGCAGAUCAAGUGUCACGUUUUUUCGUUUUUAACCUUUCUACGUACGAAUUUGUUAUAAUGGGAGAAUUUGAAGUUAAUUUUAAAGUGAAUGAUAAGUUGCUAACAAUAAAACUGCAACCAAGCGAAGUGGGACUUUACAAUAAACUAACAAACGAUGAUAUCUACAGUAAACAGUAUAUAGAACUCCUGAUAAAAAAAGGAUUGUUUAUAUUAGACGGUGAUCAAGGUCACGAAAUUCGGGAAAUAUGUCGGAUAAUUGAAAAUAAAGAACAGUUGAUAUUCCAUUCUAACUUGCUUCGUAAUUUAGACCACAAUGAUCAAUUAUUAACUGAGCAAAAUAAAGAGAACGAUGGUACACAUUCAAAAUUCGAAUCGGAGCAUGUUGACAAAAGUUGCGAUUUCUGGACCAAUUCAGCAACAUCGUUCAUGUUGGAUAAGUAUGAAACAUACUUGGGCAAUAUUGGUCCUAUGAAAAGAUUCAAAACAAAAAAACAGAUGUGGUUACAAAUAUCAAAAGAUAUGACAGAAAUGUUGAAUAUUUCAAAAACUCCGAUACAGAUUGAGAAUCGAUACAAAACUAUUCUCAAGAGGAAAAAAAAGGCAGUGGAGAAUAAUAGCAAAUCUGGUAGCUCCAGAGAGGAGGUACCAUUUGAAGAACAGUUGAAAAAAAUUGCCCGUUCAGAUGACAGCAUUGAACCUGAGGUUCUGCGAAGUGCCAGAAAUGUUAAGUAUCCCAAAUUAGAUGCUGCACAAAUGUUGUCGGAAAAAACUUGUAAGAUUGGGCCUACAACAGAUGUCACUGAAAAGUCGUCGGAGGUGAUAAAGGCUAGAAAGAUUACUCAGGAUAAAAGAUGGGAAUAUUAUGAAAAAAAGGAAGCUGCAAAAGAAAAGCGGCAUCAAGAAAAAAUGAACUUGAUACGUGAGCUAUUCGGUAAGAAGGAAACAGAGUAAUAAAGGGAAGAAAUGUCAAGCUAAAUAAAUAAAGACAUCGAAAAAAGUAUAAAAAUGGAACUGAAGAAAAAUGGACGCUCUCAUCUGGACGCUCUCCGGUCAAACUGUUGCAAUGCUUAGAAGUAUUAAUUAGUUUUUUUUCGUUAUCUUAGCAUUACAAGAGAUUAUUAUAAUUAUAAAGUUUAUAAAUUUUAAGUAAUUUUUUAAGAAGUUAUAAAAUAAAUGUUCUGUUGCAUGUUCAUGAAAUAAUUUAAACGUUAAAAAGUGAUUCACAAAUAUAAGAUAAACAGUCGAAUACGUAUGAAUAUUAAGAAAGUUAUUUUUCUUAUGUGCGAAGGAUAAAUAAACGGUAAUUUUUCGU